GGGUGUUCAUUAUUUAUUUCUCCAUCCCUUUGUCUCAUCAUUCAUCAUCUUUUUAAUUAGUUCUUUCAAAUCUCAAUCAUGUUACACCGCAUAAAAUUAGUAAAACCUUUCAUUUUAUUUAUUAGAAUAUUCAUUAUAAUAUUUGCUAAUAUUAUUAAUUAAUUGUAAAACUUACACACCCUCUUACUGGUGGCGGGAAAUUUGAUAAUUUCUUCAGUCUGAUUUGGGAUUUGGGAAGUUUGAUAUAUUAUGAAGUUGAAGUCAACUCUUAUGAUAUGUUAAUAAAUAAGAAGUGAGUGUGGAAGAUCUAUGUGCAAUAUUGUGAAAAACAUCAAAUAUGUCUGCUAAUUCUUGGAUCACUUCUCUUUCAUGUUCAAACCCAUUUUCUUCAUCUUCAUCUUCAUCUUCAUCUAUAUUACAAUGGACCCAAUUCAUACUCCUUUCUCCAUGUCCUCAAAGAGCUUUGCUUACUUCAAUUGAUGCCAUCUUCUUGCUUGUGGUCUUUGGCAUCUUUCUUUACCAAUUUAUUUCUAAGGUCAUCUUGGGGAACCAUCAUGAGUCCAGCAUUGGGAAAAGUUCCACAACAUCGAACCGAGCUCGUGUUGAGACAAAUGUUUGGUAUAAACUAUCCCUCAUUGUAACCAUUUUGUUAGCAUUUCUUUAUUUAUUAGUUGCUAUUUUAGCUUUUAGUAGUGCAACUCAUGAGUAUUCAUGGAAAGUAGUGGAUGGAACAUUUGGAAUUGCUCAAGUUGUAACUUAUGUUGUGAUAGUGAUCUUAAUUGCUCAUGAGAAGAGGUUUGAGGCAGCUAAGCACCCAUUCGUGCUUCGAGUUUAUUGGGUUGCUAGCUUCUUAAUUUAUGCCCUGUUUGUAGCUUCGGCUUUGAUCCGUUAUAUUUCGUACAAAGAAGGUGUUGGAUUUGAUUUUUUGAGGUUGGAGGACAUAGUAUCCUUUGUUUCUUCCGCUCUUGCGAUUGUUCUUCUUGUGGUUGGAUUUAGAGGGUCAACAGGCAUAGUGAUGCCACGGCAUGAGGGUUUGUCAUUAGACAAUGGAACUUCACUAAGUGAGCCCCUUUUGGAGAAACCGAAUGUUAGUGGUUUUGCUAACGCUUCAUUAGUUUCGAAGGUUUUUUGGUUAUGGAUGAACCCCCUACUUAGUAAAGGAUCCAAAACGCCUCUUACAUUAAAUGAUGUACCAUCUCUUUCACCACAACAUAGAGCUGAGUUGAUGUCCAACCUCUUUGAAUCAAAGUGGCCUAAACCACAUGAAAAGUGCCAAAACCCGGUUAGAACCACCCUUAUAAGGUGUUUCUGGAAGGAACUUGCAUUUACUGCUAUCUUAGCAGUUAUUCGAGUUUGUGUAAUGUAUGUUGGUCCUGUUCUUCUUCAGAAAUUUGUUGACUUUACUUCAGGUGUGAAAAGCUCUCCCUAUGAAGGGUAUUACUUGGUCCUCAUUCUUCUUGUUGCAAAGUCGAUAGAGGUAUUAACCUCACAUCAAUUCAACUUUAAUUCUCAAAAGAUUGGUAUGUUAAUUCGUUCUACCCUUAUCACCAACUUGUAUAAGAAAGGGCUAAAAUUAACAUGCUCGGCAAGGCAGGCUCAUGGAGUUGGACAAAUUGUGAAUUAUAUGGCUGUUGAUGCUCAGCAGCUCUCUGAUAUGAUGCUCCAGCUUCACGCCAUUUGGCUGAUGCCUUUGCAACUUUCGGUGGCAUUAGUUCUUCUCUACAACUAUGUUGGUUUAGCUAUGAUCACCGCGUUUGUUGGAAUCAUUGGGGUUUUAUUGUUUGUUUUCUUUGGCACAAAGAGGAAUAAUAGGUUCCAGUUUAAUUUGAUGAAGAAUCGUGACUCUCGAAUGAAGGCUACAAACGAGAUGCUUAAUUAUAUGCGAGUGAUCAAGUUUCAAGCAUGGGAAGAGCACUUCAACAGCAGGAUCCAAUCAUUUCGGGAUUCAGAGUAUGGUUGGCUAGCAAAGUUCCUGUAUUCUAUAGCAGGCAAUAUCGUGGUGAUGUGGUCCACACCUAUAUUGAUAUCAAGCCUGACAUUUGGCACGGCUAUCCUUUUGGGAGUCCCCCUUGAUGCAGGGAAAGUAUUCACGACUACAACAAUUUUUAAGAUGUUGCAAGAGCCAAUCAGAACUUUCCCUCAGUCUAUGAUCUCAAUUUCACAAGCUAUGAUAUCACUCAAAAGGCUAGAUGAUUUUAUGAUGAGUAAGGAACUGGCGGAGGAAUUGGUGGAGCGAAUUGAGGGCUGUGAUGGUGUAACCGCUGUAAAGGUUGAACAUGGUGUCUUUAGCUGGGAUGAUGAAGAUGGAGAGGAGAUACUAAAAGAUAUAAAUGUAGAUAUAAAGAAAGGGCAGCUUGCUGCUAUAGUCGGUACUGUAGGAUCAGGGAAGUCAUCAUUUCUUGCUUCGAUUCUCGGUGAGAUGCACAAAAUAAGAGGAAAGGUAAGAGUUUGUGGGACUACAGCUUAUGUAGCACAAUCAUCAUGGAUACAGAAUGGAACCAUUGAAGAGAAUAUCCUGUUUGGUUUGCCUAUGAACAGAGAAAAAUACAGAGAAGUUAUCAAGGUUUGCUGCUUGGAGAAGGAUUUGGAAAUGAUGGAAUUUGGGGAUCAGACUGAAAUCGGAGAACGUGGCAUCAAUCUUAGUGGUGGCCAAAAGCAACGGAUACAACUUGCUAGAGCUGUCUAUCAGGACUGUGACAUUUAUCUUCUUGAUGAUGUCUUUAGUGCCGUUGAUGCUCAUACUGGAUCGGAAAUUUUUAAGGAAUGUGUAAGAGGAGCUCUCAAGGACAAAACAAUCAUACUUGUGACCCAUCAAGUGGACUUUUUGCAUAACAUUGACCUUAUUAUGGUGAUGAAAGACGGUAUGAUUGUGCAAGCAGGAAAAUAUGCUGAUCUUUUGAAAGCAGGAACAGAUUUCAAUGCACUUGUUGCGGCCCAUGACACAUCUAUGGAACUUGUCGAAGCAGGCAACAACACUGAGCUUCCAGAAGAUUCUCCACGACAACAGAAUUCUCCUAAAGCAUUACCUAAUCACAGUGAGGGUAACGGCGUGAGCAGUUCUUUGACUAGAUCUAAGUCAGAUACAAGACAGAAAUCAGAUAAGGGAGAUGCUAAACUCAUCAAAGAGGAAGAGAGAGAAACUGGGAAAGUCAAUUUGCGUGUGUACAAGGACUACUGCACAGAAGCUUUUGGAUGGUGGGGUGUUGUGCUUGCUUUGCUGUUAUCUAUUUCGUGGCAAUUAACUAUGAUGGCUGGUGAUUACUGGCUGGCUUAUGAAACAGCUGCAGAGCGUGCCUCAUUGUUCGCACCUUCUUUCUUUAUUACUAUCUAUUCUAUUAUUGCACUAUUUUCUGUUGUAUUAAUAGUUGCAAGAUCCUUCUUUAUUACUUUGUUUGGGCUGAAGACAGCCCAGAUGUUCUUCACUCGGAUUCUUCACUCUAUACUUCAUGCUCCCAUGUCAUUCUUCGAUACUACUCCUACAGGACGAAUUCUUAGUCGGGCAUCUAGUGAUCAGACCAAUGUUGAUGUGUUGGUACCUUUUGUUUUGAAUCUUACAAUUGCAAUGUACGUCACAUUGCUUAGCAUCAUCAUUAUCACUUGCCAGUAUGCUUGGCCAACUGUCUUCCUCCUGAUUCCGCUAGGCUGGCUGAAUUUGUGGUACAGGGCAUAUUAUCUUGCAACUUCACGUGAAUUAACUCGCCUUGACUCAAUCACAAAAGCACCUGUUAUCCAUCACUUCUCAGAAAGCAUUUAUGGCUUCAUGACAAUACGUUGUUUCAGGAAGCAGGAAGGAUUUACUCAAGAAAAUGUGAAUCGGGUGAAUGCAAACUUGCGUAUGGAUUUUCACAACAAUGGAUCAAAUGAAUGGUUAGGUUUCCGUUUGGAACUGCUCGGGAGCUUACUCUUGUGCGCAUCAGCCCUAUGUAUGAUCCUGUUGCCUAGUAGUAUCAUCAAGCCAGAGAAUGUUGGUUUAUCACUAUCAUACGGACUGUCCCUCAAUUCCGUGCUAUUCUGGGCCAUGUAUACCAGUUGCUUUGUCGAAAAUAGAAUGGUUUCUGUUGAGAGGAUAAGACAGUUUACUGAAAUUGAACCUGAAGCUGCUUGGACUAUCAAGGACCGUCAACCUCCUCCAAAUUGGCCAACCAAAGGCAACGUCGAGCUUAAGGACUUGCAGGUCAGAUAUAGGCCCAACACUCCUCUGGUACUGAAGGGAAUAUCAUUAAACAUUAGAGGAGGAGAUAAAAUAGGCAUUGUUGGGAGAACAGGAAGUGGAAAAUCAACUCUUAUUCAAGUGUUCUUUAGACUUGUUGAACCCUCAGCCGGGAAAAUUAUCAUCGAUGAUAUUGACAUUUCAAUUUUAGGCCUCCAUGAUCUUAGGUCUCGAUUUGGGAUCAUUCCUCAAGAGCCUGUUCUUUUCGAAGGGACUGUUCGGAGCAACAUCGACCCCAUUUGUCAAUAUUCAGAGGAAGAGAUCUGGAAGAGCCUGGAACGCUGCCAGCUUAAGGAUGUAGUAGCUUCCAAACCCGAAAAACUGGAAGCUCCUGUGUCCGAUGAUGGAGAUAACUGGAGUGUAGGGCAAAGACAACUUUUGUGCUUAGGCCGAGUGAUGUUAAAGAAAAGCCGGUUGCUGUUUAUGGAUGAAGCAACUGCUUCUGUAGAUUCUCAAACUGAUGCCAUGAUUCAGAAGAUAAUCAGGGAAGACUUUGCGGCUUGCACAAUCAUCAGUAUCGCACACAGGAUACCGACAGUUAUGGACUGCGAUAAAGUUCUUGUUGUAGAUGCAGGAAGAGCAAAAGAAUUUGAUUCACCAGCAAGAUUGCUCGAGAGGCCGUCACUUUUUGGAGCUCUAGUACAGGAAUACGCAAAUCGCUCAUCUGGUCUGUAAUUUUGAGCACUGAUUUUGUACUGCAGCCAUGCUUAUUGACAAAUGCAUUGGGAAAGCUAAAGCUUCAUCCUCUGAAAUUGAAUGCAUUAUAGUUUUUGAUUA